AUGGGAGAAGCUGCACGGGGCCACCUAGCUGUGAACUGGUCUGCGUUGGGACGGUGGGAUCCAGCGCAUCUCCUACCUGGGGGCACCCGGCUGUUCCGAUUUCUCACCUGGUACACAACUACCGUCAAGGAUCCCCUGAUGGGACACCCGGGCCCCUGGUUCAAGUCCUUCCUCUGCAUGGAAUCUAUUGCACCGCUGUUCUUCUUCCCUGUCGCUGCCUACGCCUUUUGGAAAGGGAACUGCAAGUGGAUCCGGACCCCCGUGGUGAUCUACACGACGCAUGUAGCUACUGCAGCGACUGCUUGCCUGGCCCAGAUCCUGUUUGCCGGCUUCUCCAACGCCCAAGUCCCCAGCCCACAGACCCCGUGGGAACGCCUGACGCUGUCUGCCGUCGACGCCCCUUACUUAGCGAUUCCCCUCCUGAUGCUGCUUUUUGUGCUCUUCAGUCCUGCAUAUAACCAAGUGGAAAAAAGGAAAAAGAAAACCAUCGGCCCUCCUCCCUCAGGAAGGGAACCGUGCAAAUUAGGCAAGGGGAGGUGUGUUUGUGUCCCUCGGGGGCAGAGCCUGGCCAAGCCCUCGGCGGACCCGUCAGCUGGGAAAUGCUCUCGCAGGGAUCUCAGAGAACCACCUGGAAAAGGUCUCAUGGCCCAAAGCAGCCCCAAGCGUUGCAUUUCCAGGCAGGGGGGCACAAUUGCUGGCCAGGAGAAGGCAGCAGCGCAGCCCCUUUGUGGUGCCAACUGCCUCGGAUGA